AUCGCCAUCACGACACCGACAAGUCCUCGAAUCGUCCAUCUCGCUCGAAAUCGCCGUCCCGACGUUAUCACCUUUCUUCGGGUACCCAUAAUAGCUAGAGUCGCCCUGUCCCGAAAGCGCCGUUAAACAAGCUAUCCGCCUCCAAGCGAUACCGAAGCUUCAAACCGCCCAACAUGGUCAAGCCUGUAGUUUCCGCCAUGAAUGCUUGGACAUGCAUUGUCGUGUCCAUGUUCGCGAUUGUCAUUCUGUCCACGCUGGGAGCACUGUUUAGAGGAAGUAGCAACACGGUGAUGGGCGGAGAGGAGGACCCCAAGGACGGUGGCGCGGUUGCAGGCGCACUCUUUGGGGCCGUCUUCAUAUACAUUGGCUUCUUCGUUUUCUGCGGAUUGCAGGCCCUCCUUCACAUGCGCGAAAGCCGUCGUGGCGCGAUAAGCCUUUCAUGAUUUCGGGAUACCACGGAGCAUACGAUCGUAGGAUAAUGCGGCCUUUGAGAAAGAUCAGAGGAUCGCUAGACGCGAUGCAGGAAGGUCAGGUUGAUAAUCAGUGACGUACCUGUUGAAGAGAGAUGGAAGUAUUUGUAUCUUGUAACAUGGCAUACGGCGUUUGAUGGAUACAG